UUGCAGCAUCAGUACCGCGUUCGGAAUCGCAUUCGUGUGCUGGAGUCAGAGCGCGCUGCGGGGCAUCACUGCACCGCCACGGAGGACACUCCAUUACAGAACCAGGAACGGGGGAAAAGGGGGAAAGGCGUGAAAUAGUGCAGACGGGAAAGAACAGGGCGCCCUUUUUUCCCGACACCACCUAAAUCUGUGGGAAAUUAAACAGGAGUCAGACAUUCGCUAAUAAUAAAUCCACGAACACAGCGGACACCUCAAGCGAUAUUUUUGGCCAGCACGGCGGGGAAAAAAUGAAGGAUCGCACGCAGGAACUACGAAGUGCUAAGGACAGUGACGAUGAUGAGGAAGUCGUUCAUGUCGACCGAGACCACUUUAUGGAUGAAUUUUUCGAACAGGUGGAGGAGAUCCGUGGCUGUAUUGAAAAGCUGUCAGAAGAUGUAGAACAGGUCAAGAAGCAGCACAGUGCCAUCCUAGCAGCACCCAACCCUGAUGAAAAGACCAAGCAGGAGUUGGAGGACCUCACAGCUGACAUUAAGAAAACAGCCAAUAAAGUGCGCUCUAAAUUAAAAGCAAUCGAACAAAGUAUCGAGCAAGAGGAGGGGUUGAACAGAUCAUCUGCAGAUUUGCGGAUCCGCAAGACACAGCAUUCCACGCUGUCACGCAAGUUUGUAGAGGUGAUGACAGAGUACAACACCACGCAGUCCAAAUACAGAGACCGCUGCAAGGACCGUAUUCAGAGACAACUGGAAAUUACUGGCAGAACGACUACCAAUGAGGAGCUGGAAGACAUGUUGGAAAGUGGGAAGCUUGCCAUCUUCACUGAUGAUAUCAAAAUGGACUCCCAGAUGACCAAGCAGGCUCUAAAUGAGAUUGAGACCCGACACACUGAGAUCAUUAAGUUGGAGAACAGCAUCCGUGAGCUGCACGACAUGUUUGUGGACAUGGCCAUGCUUGUGGAGAGUCAGGGAGAGAUGAUUGACAGAAUUGAGUAUAAUGUGGAACACUCUGUGGACUAUGUAGAGAGAGCAGUUUCUGACACCAAGAAGGCUGUCAAAUACCAGAGUCAGGCACGCAAGAAGAAGAUCAUGAUCAUCAUCUGCUGUGUAAUUUUGGGAGUGGUUUUGGCGUCCACUAUCGGAGGAACCCUGGGCUUCUAAACGAUAUGAAGAAAGACAAACACUUGGAAAGCUGAGUGUUUUAUCCACUUAAACACUAAAUAAGGAAACUGUCAUAAAACGGGGGCUGGGUAGGGUUAAAAAUUGAAUAUUCAGAAAUCAAACAAUCAAAAAAUUAAAAAAAAGGAGAUGUUAUGUACUAGCUGAUUUAAAUAUAUACAAAAGUGGGUUCAAAUAAACAUAAUAUUUACAAACUGUACAUGUAAAUGUAUUGAACAUAAAGCAGCACAUGGGUUACUACCUGUAAAGGAAUAAUAUAUAUAUAUUUAUUUUUUGUUAUUUUUUUUCAGCGUUGCUUUCAUUUUGUGGGGGGCUUCCAGGACAGUGCCAGCAACUGCUUAAUUGUUUUAUGUUCGAGCAGAACAUGGUGUUUGGCAAACCACACUAGCAUUAUAAAUACUAACCAACUGACUGCAUAGAUGUUAUAGAUAGUAGUUCUAGUCUGAUUUCAAUGGCCUAAGAUUCCAAGUGGUUGCCAGAAAUCAGAUGAAAUCUCUCAUUAAUUACAUUAUUAGCUCAUUACCUAUGGAGUGCUGUAGUUUUAAAGCACCGUCAACCUCAUAGCCAAAUUUCUGUCUUAAUACUUUUACUGCAGGCAACCGUAAACGAACUAGAUUCAAAGAACUAAGCAGCACACAUUUUGAAUUGUGAGAGGAAGUGAUAUUACCAAGUUUGUACAUGGAAAUGAUUUCGUUUUUACUUCAUUUGCUGUAGACAGCGAAGGAACAUUUCAUUUGAACUCGUUUAGAAAGCUACACUUGGAUCGAAAGGGUGGCAUUGCGCAAACUGUUUAACUAUGCAGUUUUGAUAGUGAUUUGCCCCUGCUUUUUGAAUUAAUUCAUGAAAACCUAUAGAAAGAUUCUGAAAGACAAAAGAGACUAAAUAUUUUUAUCUACACCGAAGAUUUCUUAUAUGGAACAUUUACUGAAAAGUCAAUACUUGAAGUAAUGCCUAGCCUAAAUAUUAUCUUUUGGAGGGUGUUUAGCUCUGCUGAAAUUAAUUUCUUAUUUUACGUUAGUUUUACACUUUUUUUUUAUUUGCCUUGUUUCAUAAAAUGCAUAUAUAUUUUACAUUAUAAUAUAAAGAAUAGACUUGAACAGGACCGUUUAGGUUUUGAAGCAUUGAUUUGAGAGUAUGCUUGACGUUUCACCUUGGUGCUAGUUAAUGAAGAGAGACUAAUAAAAUUGAAUACGGGGAAGUGAUAGUGACACUUUUAGAUCCUUAUUCUUAAAUUCUACAUAUCUGGAAAAAAAUGGGAAUAAGAGCGGUGCAGACGUUGAUGAGCUAUCUUAUUAAAUAUUUACCUGUAGAGGCAUUCUUCAGUUCAAUUGAAAAAACUUUAAUGGUUGGUCAGGACGCUUAUUAUGCACAGAAUAAAAAUUAAGACAACUCUAUAUGAAAUAACUCAAAUAUAGCUCUGAAGACCGAGAAAGAAAGCAUGUAAAGAAAACUCUAGCUUAGAAAAAGACGCUUCGAUUUUGUCCAAAGAUUAUUUGUAUUUUUUUUCAGCUGUAUCAUGAACUCGUCGCAUCCUUUUCUUUGCAGACUGAAAGUGCAAGUAUGGUUAAUUAUGUACUAUUUGUUUUAAAUUCAAGGGCUAAAAUUCAAAACCAAACUUUAGCUCUGUUUUUUUUUUUUCAAUCAACAAUCCCCCUGGGCUUUAUUCAGAUUUGUUGCACUCUUAGAACGCCCUUACCUUCAUGUUCAUGACAUUCAUGACAUGUAUCAACUCUGAACGUGCACUCCUUUUCUCAAUAUGGACUUCAUUUUCCAUGUACUGCUUAUCAUAGAAUAUAUAACAGGAGCCCCCCUACCCCGUCUCGCCACCCCUUUACCUACUCAAAGCAAAGUAGUAGGGAACAGGAAUGAUUUUGGGAAUAAAUACUGUACACUUUUUACAAAGCCUGAGGCAGAGGGCUGGGACUAUUUUGCUUUAACCAUUCCAGUAACGUCCAGCAUGUUUUCUUUGAAACUUAUGUGUAUUUAGUGUCGAAUCACUUACAUGUAUGGUAAAAUGAGGUAAAUAUGUAUGUCGGUGUUGUUUUUUAGUAGACUGAUAUAGCUGGAAGGCCCUUAUUUGUUAACGCAUGCAACUUUCGCUUUGUUAGUUUGCAUGGCUCUCGAUCAUGUGUGCACUUUACAAUCAAAGAAAACAAUGUCUUAUACCGCCACAUUUUUUGGGUUGUACCUUUUUCCGUUUUGUAAAUGUUUUUUUUUAUUUUUUAUGAUGAUUUAUUAUGACUCUCUAAGGGUUGGAUUUGGGGGGGGGGGGGGGGUGACUUAAUUUAAUAGUUCUGCUGCCUAUUUCAUCAUGACCCUGACGAUGCUGGAGUUUUACUGUGGUCCUCAUGAAUGUGUUCCCUGUGGAUGUGCACAUGAAUACAAAAAUCUGUUUGUUGUAGGGUAUUUUGCUCCCAAAUCACAUCCGUAGUGUAAAACUAUGUAUUCCUCCCUCCUCGCCCUCUGGAAACACUCUGGGUAUGAAUCAUUUUUGCGCAUCUUGUUCAUUUUCCCUUCCCCUGAUGUUUUGAUUGUUGUGCUUAACUGGUGAUGAUAUGUGAAUUAUUUUGUAAGACUAUUCUUUAUUGUGAGUCGUGUGCUGCGGUGUCAAAUUGUGCAACUCAAAAGGCCAUGUAUGCGUGCCCUGUCCCUUUGGCAUUUUUUCCUUUUUUACGUACACGUUGCUGUAUAUGUGAGCAUGAGCAUUUGUGUGUAUGUGUGUGUGUGCUCGUCUGCUGUUGGAGCCCUCGGUCGCACCGGCCUCGGGCACAAGGGGCUUCUCUGGUCUGCAGGUCUAUGGUAUGCAGCUCUAGCGCUCCAGUUCUGUGCCGACUUCAUUAAAAUGUUAAGAAAAGUAAUAAGCCUAAAAAGCCAAAGCAUUAAUGCGAGUACAGAGCACAAUGUUACAGUCAACUGUAUUGUGUAGUUCUCCCUGCCCUUAAAUCUUGUGAACUUUCUUGCGUAUACAUUUAUGUUUUCAGUUCCGCCGAUUUCAGCGUCAAGGUUCUUGAUAUAAAAGGUUGAUUUAUUUAUAUUCAUUCUGAACAAUGUGUAUAAUGUAUACUACACAAGCUUGUUCGUUUUAAAGCACUUUCUCUAAAAACAGCUACGUACAAAACAAAUAUACCCCCAACGAUGUUCAAAUGUUGUAUGGAUCUUAAGGUUUUUUUUUUUUUUUUUUUAUGAUGCUGUUCAUGUUAUCAUUUUCCCCCUUGUUCAACUCACCUGCUUUGCUUCCUCUGUGCUGGCAAUACAUUAGACGUAGACAUUAGAUCAGCUCUGGUUAAAAGAAAAUGAAAUAAUAAUAAUUUAAAAAAAAACUGUAUAGUAACACGGGCACAGAUCUGGAUGAAAGUUUUCUCAGUUGUCUUAAUUUCAUUUUUCAACACUGUGUUUAUUGAUGUUCGUUACACAGACACUGAUAUGACCAGACAGCACUGGCAUAACACAGCACAUUGAGAAGGCAUUUUGUAAAUGAAUGAAAAUUACAAACUACUAUAUAUUUAAGAAAAAAACUAUGUACCUUUUAGAGCUUAACUGCAUAGUCUUUUUGGUUGGGGUUGUUGAGUGCCUCAUCACUGCAGGUGAAGAAAAAGCCCUUACGCCCAACCCACAUAGUGAGUGAGCGGAGAAACGACGAAACUAGAAUGCUCCCGCCAUGAUCAACGGAGCCAUCUGCUGCUAUGUAGACUGCUUUGUGGAUUGUAACGCUCGCUGCUUAGUUUCCACAUGUACUUUAGCAGCUCUCGAAGACUUUUAUUUUAACCAAUACGACUUCUCGAUCCACGGCUAAUGAGCGCCCAAGACCUGCGAUCGUGAUUUUUCUCAACAGCCCCAGCCAUGUUCCUCCUUAAUUUCAUCCCCUUUUGUGUCAUUCCUUUGAUGUAUAUUCCCAUUAAACUUUAUACCAGUAUUCUUGUUUCAGUGUUAGGUUUAGAAUGAGGUAACAGUUUGUGCUCAAACUGUGAUUUCAGCAAAGUGAUCAUCAAUUACAGAGAAUGGCCUGUAAUGAUGUGAUGAAAACACUAUUCUAAUUUGAACUGGAAGAUGACUGGAUAAGGAUGACAACUGAAUUAUACCAUUAUCAAAUGUGAUGAAUUAUAUAACUACAAUGAUUUAAAGAAUCCCGAGAAGUUGUGUUAUUAGUAGUACUAUUGAAUGCUCGCGGUUUUGUCGAUCUGAACUGAAUCUUUGUCUUGUAAUUAUUGUAAAUAUUUCAAAGAGAGAAAAAAUGACUUGCAUGUCCAUGUAUAAAACUACUAAAAUAGUUCCUGUCAAAGUUGUGAGGUUGAUUGAUUUUCUUGUUCUUUGCCCUGGUCGCAGCACUUUGCUGUCGACCGACCUCUUGCUUGUCUUAAAGCAGCAUCCAACGCUUUCAGUGAUGUCAAGGGUGCUUUAUAAUGAAGAAAAGGAACAACGCUUUACACUUUUCAGAUUCAAUACAAUAAUAUGUUGCGUUACCUCAGAGAGCCAUUACCUGUUACCGAAAAAAAACAACAACAGUGCUUCCCUCCAUGUACACCAUCGAUAGGUCUACAGGUCAAAUACACACCAUCUGUAGCUUCCAGGCACUUAAAACGCUUUUCUUAGCAGAGGUCCACCACAUUGGCAGUGGCAAAUUUAGAAAACAAUCAGUGCCAUUUUUGUGCAUUUCGUGAUGCAUGUUUGGAUGCUUUCUUAAUCAGUGUUGAUUAAAAUACAUUGCGGGUGUAAAGUGUAGCAUGGCUUAAACUCAAAAGCUCUAGUUAACCGUAAUGCGGGGUGAGCUCUGCUCUUAUACGAAGAGCACAGUUCUUGGGAUUGGGCAUUUUCUUGCUUGAAGCAAACAGAAAAACACUCAUCUGUGCAAUACAAAGAAAAGGGCUUUUCACACAUGCAUUUGAAAGCACUGCAGAAUGCCGACUUCAAUAUUAUUGUGGGAGUUGAGGGAAACAAAGAUCCACUAUUCAUGGUUCCAGCCAUCGUUUUACUUGUCGCCAAACAUCUUCUAGCCCAACUAGGAUCUAAGUUGAAAGUGCAAUCAGGGCAGAAACCACAAUGAGAUGGGCACCAAGGAUGGAAAGGAAGGAAUUAAAUCGAUUUCUGCAACUUUGACUGGAAUUGCAACCUCUGUCUUUUAUUUUCUGUGUGUGUAUGUGUGUACUGUAUUGUAAAAAAAGGAAAAAGAUACAAACAAACAACAUAACUGUUCCUCUCUCCCCCUCUCUCUUGUAAUACUGUUUGCUGUUCUGUUUGGUUAGUGUGGCGUACCAGUAUCCUUCUCCUCCCCGAAAAACCCUUUGCUAUCUUCCUCCCUUCUCUUAAAAUCUCUCUCUCUUUCUCUCUCUCUCUCUCUCUCUUUCUCUCUCUCUCCUCCAUGGAUCUUUAAGAUGAGAACUCUAUGCAGAUGUCUUUUAUAAGUGUGUCAAAAUUUAAUUUAAAGUUAAAAUGAAAAAAAGAAAAACCCCAACAAACAGAUAUUAUGAACUGAAACAAAAAAAAAAAUAAAGAAAAAAACGAUUGUCCAGUGUACAA